AUGAGGGCGUGCGGGCGCGCGGCGUUCUGCUGGGCCCUGCUGUGCCUCGCCGGCGGCCUGGCGGCGCCGCGCCGCCUCUACUGCGAGCGCGCCGACGUGGCGUGGCGCGCGUACCGUGCGCCGGCCGCCUUCGAGGCGCGCGUCCAGUCGCUCGCGCGCGACGCCGCCACCGUGCAGGUGCGCCGCGUGCUGAGGCGCCAGGGCCGCUGGCCGCGCGAGGACUCAAUCGUGCGCCUCAAGCUGCCCACGCAGCCGCUCGAGUGCGCGGGCCGCUUCGAAGUGCCCCUGGAGAACAGGAGGAACUAUAUCGUGUUCGCGGAGAGGCGCGGGCACGCCGCCGUGGCGCUCGGCCCGCCGUUGCGCCGCACCGCCAAGCUGCUGAGGCGGGUGCGCGCCGUCUACAAGCCCGGAUACAGUGAGUGUUGUCAGUUCGCACCUCGCACCUCGCCGGCGCCGUGCAGACGU